UCAUAUGUGGAUGUGGAUUGUGGGUGUCCCAAAUCCCAAUAAUGAAAAGAAAACAAUUGGUGUGGUGUGCCGCUUGGCGCUGUUGCCGCCCUGUGUUUCAUGUUUCAAGUUUCAACUUUCAAGCCGCUGAAAUAAAAAGAAAGAAAUGAACAAACAUUACUAGCACAUGCGUCAUCCUCGCCUCCACAGCAGGCAUUAUCUUUGAGUAGUGAAUGAGUCAGUGAAUGUAAGUGAGUUCUUUGGAAGUCCGCACUUACAUACAACCCCACUUUACUCUCUCUCUCUCUCUCUCUCUCUCUUUCUGUGAUUCUAUUCAUUUUCACCAUCUUCUUCUUACUAAAGAAUAUAUUCUUCGCUUUCCAAUUCAUCACCCACCAUUCCUUUCAUACUUUUAAAGCUCCUCUCUUUUUUUCCUUUUCAAGGGCAUGUAAGUAUUUGCAGCCCAAGAAAAAACAUCAAAGUGGGUUUUCUUUAUUCUUAUUCUUAUUCUGCUUCUUCUUUGCUUUCUGUUGUGGAUUUUUUUUCCCAGUUUGAAUAAGCUUAGAUUUUUCAAAGAACCAACCUGGUUAUGGAUUCUGCAGUUCUUGAUGGUAUCAUCAAUAAGCUGCUUGAAGUUAGAGGGAAACCUGGGAAGCAAGUGCAGCUCUCUGAGCCACAGAUGAGGAUGCUGUGUGUUCUCUCCAAAGAAAUCUUCUUGAAGCAGCCUAAUCUCCUGGAGCUCGAAGCUCCUGUCAAGAUCUGCGGAGAUAUUCAUGGUCAAUAUUCUGAUCUUCUGAGGCUUUUUGAAUAUGGUGGACUACCUCCUUGCUCCAAUUACUUAUUCUUGGGGGAUUAUGUAGAUCGUGGAAAACAAAGCCUGGAAACAAUAUGCCUUCUCCUUGCUUAUAAAAUAAGAUAUCCAGAAAAUUUUUUCCUUCUGAGGGGCAACCAUGAAUGUGCUUCUGUAAACCGUAUCUAUGGAUUUUAUGAUGAGUGUAAACGAAGAUUUAAUGUCAAACUCUGGAAACUAUUCACAGAUUGUUUCAACUGCUUACCUGUGGCAGCUCUCAUUGAUGAAAGGAUACUCUGCAUGCAUGGGGGACUUUCUCCUGACUUGCACAAUUUGGAUGACAUAAGGAGUUUGCAGCGGCCUGCUGAUGUUCCAGAAAGUGGUUUGCUAUGUGAUCUCCUCUGGUCUGAUCCUAGUAGAGAUGGUGAAGGGUGGGGGCCGAAUGAUAGGGGGGUUUCCUAUACCUUUUGUGCUGAUACAGUGGCAGAAUUCCUUCUGAAGCAAGAUCUUGACUUAAUUUGUCGGGCUCACCAGGUUGUGGAAGAUGGAUAUGAGUUCUUUGCUAAUAGAGGACUUGUAACCAUAUUUUCUGCACCUAAUUAUUGUGGAGAGUUUGACAAUGCUGGUGCCAUGAUGACUGUAGAUGAGACGCUAACGUGUUCUUUCCAGAUUCUAAAGCCUGCAGACAAGAAGCCAAAGUUUGGCAGCUUUAGCUUUGGGACCUCAGCUGCAGCUAAACCUGGUUGUACUCCAACAAAAAGCAAGGGUAUGAGAAACUUGAUCUAAUGGAAAUGUCUUCAGAAGAUAGCUCAGAUUUUUGGUAUUUGAAACAUCGGCAAAGUGGUCAUCCAAGAAAUCCAGAUUCCAUUUCAUGUCAAUACAAGGGAAGAGUAUAAAUUGAUAACUCCCUUAGCCUUUAGCUAAGGAUAAUGCAAAAGAUUUUCGUCUGAAAAUAAAUUUACAAAUCCCUUAAGCUAAGGAUAAUGCAGAAGAUUUUCCUCUGUGAAUUAUACAAAACUAGUUGAAGCAUAGCAAUGAAAGUUCUUUCUUUUUCCUUUUCUCAUUCAGUCCCUCCCCCUCUCUCUCUCUCUCUCCCAAGCUUUUCUCCUUGUAAUAUAAUCACAGCUUAAAAAUUGGAAGGGAGCAAUUACCCUUGUAAAUUGAAUAAUCCCAUUGCAUGUAAACGUUGAAAUACGGUUGAGUUUGUGUUUCUCUUUGAAUAUGUGUAGUAAAUUAUUUUGAUCCUUGUAAGGGGGUCAAUAUUAGAUUUCAAGAGCCAA